AUGACUACACCUACACUGUUUGGCUUAACACACGAUUGUCUCCGACGCAUUCUUGGUUUUCUUGAUCCCCCGAGUGCGCUGGAACUGUGCGUAGCGUACGGACGACCCGAAAUGAUGAAUUGGUUUUACGAAGACGGAGGAGUGUACACAUACGACGGGACAGAUCAUUUUCUACCACCUAGACAUGUUAAACAUUUGCGCUAUACUGGCGUAUCACCGAACGUCGACGAAUUGGCUGCAUACACCAGCCUGCACAGACUCGAGCUGAAGAAUACCCAGGUGACGAACGUCGACGCCCUGGCCACCAGCACUAGCUUGCACACACUCGACCUGAGUGAAUCCAUGGUGACAAAUGUUGACACCCUGGCCGCAUGCACUAGCUUGCACACACUCAACCUGUUCUCGACCAAUGUAACGAACGUCGACGCCCUGGCUGCCAGCACCAGCUUGCACACACUCGACCUGAGUAGAUCCAGGGUGACGAGCGUUAGCGCCCUAGCUGCAUGCACUAGCCUGCGCACACUCGUACUGACCUCUACUAAAGUGACUAACGUUGACACCCUGGCUGCCAGCACCAGCUUGCACACACUCGACCUGAGUAGAUCCAGGGUGACGAGCGUUAGCGCCCUAUCUGCGUGCACUAGCCUGCACACGCUCAACCUAAAAUAUACCCAGGUGACGUACGUUAACGACCUAGCUGCGUGCACUAGCUUGCACACACUCGACUUAAACUAUACCAAGGUGAGGAACGUUAACGCCCUAGCUGCGUGCACUAGCUUACACACACUCGACCUAAACUAUACCAAGGUGACGAACGUUAACGCCCUAGCUGCGUGCACUAGCCUGCAUACACUCAACCUAAAAUAUACCCUGGUGACGAACGUUAACGCCCUAGCUGCGUGCACUAGCUUGCACACACUUGACCUGAGUGGAUCCAUGGUAACAAACGUUAACGCCCUAGCUGCGUGCACUAGCUUGCACACACUCAACCUGAGUGAUACCCAGGUGACGAACGUUAACGCCCUAGCCGCGUGCACUAGCUUGCACACUCUCAACCUAAACUGUACCUGGAUGACGAACGUUCGCCCUGGUCGCGAUUACUAG